AUGGGCUCAGACCAGCAGCAGUUCUGUUUGCGCUGGCAUAAUUACCAAAGCAGUUUACUCGCAUCUUUGCCUCAAUUUCUCGACGGAGACGACUUAACUGAUGUUACGUUAUCGGCAGGAGGAAGAAAUUUGCGAGCCCAUCGGGUUGUACUUUCGGCAUGCAGUCAGUAUUUCAGAGAAAUAUUUAAAGAACUGCAGCCAUAUCAGCAUCCUGUAAUAGUUUUACCUGGUAUGAACUUUAGAGACUUAUGUGCUCUUGUAACGUUUAUGUACAGUGGUGAGGUUAAUAUUUAUCAGGAACAGCUGCCUGGUUUGCUUAGCAUGGCGGAUACUCUUCAUAUUAGAGGAUUAACUGAGGUUAAUGAUGGUGAUAAAAGUUACAAUGAUACUUCUAAUAAAUUUUCUGGAAUUUCACCUUCAAAACGUCCUAAAUUAAAUACAAAUGCUAGUCCAAACCAUGUUUUUUAUAAUAAUAGUACAAAUGAAGAUAAUUUGUUCAAGUCACCUUUUCUACAGUCAGAGCCAAAGAAUUACAAAGACUUAAACGAGAAUAAUACGACAAAAUCAAUGGAUUUUGAUUUAUUUAAAAAUUUAACUCACAAUUAUAAUAAAAAAUUUAAUCCUUUUGAUGACAAUACAUUAAAAAUGAUGUCGAAUAACUCAAGGCCUACUAAAAGUAAAGAAAAGGGAAAAUAUAAAAAGCCUGCUUCGUUUAAGCAAAUGGAUUCAAAUAUUUUUCCUAAUCCAAAUCAAUUUUCGAUGCCUCGAAGAAAUUCAAAUAUGGAAUUAUAUUGUAAGGUUCAGCCUCAAAAAAAGUCGGAAGGAUUUACAUUUGCAGAUAAUCAAAGUGAAACUAAUGAGGCUCAAGAUUUGUCAAAAUUUAGAAUCAAAGAUGAAACUGGAAAAAUGCAAAGUCCAUCUUCUGAGGAUUCUGGUGGAGGGCAAGCACCUGCGGAAAAUUUUAGAGAUACAUCAAAUUUAAACAAGUCUAUGAAUAAUCCAGGUCAAAGCAAAGUUUUUGCCACUUGUCACGUUUGUGGAAAGCAAUUAAGUAAUCAGUAUAAUUUAAGAGUUCAUUUGGAAACCCAUCAAAACGUUCAAUAUGCCUGUACAGUUUGCACUCACGUAUCGCGUUCUCGUGAUGCUCUGAGGAAACAUGUUUCUUAUCGACACCCUAGUGAAGGGAAAGAAGGAGGCAAUAAAAAAGUCAAGGCGGAAUGUAGUAAACGAAUAAAAAGCGAAGAUUCUCAAUUGCAGGGGUAUCAGCAAAAUAUAAAUUUUAAUUUAAAUCCGACAGGAGAAAUCAUUUAA